AUGCACAACCUGACCAAGAAAAACGUACGCUUCCAGUGGCAUGCCGAGCACCAAGCUGCUUUCGACACACUUAAGCGGCUGUUGACCACUGCUCCGGUCUUGGGUUACCCGCUAGACCAGGGCGAUAUGGUCCUCGACACCGAUGCCAGUGAUACGGCAAUCAACGCGGUCCUGUCACAAAUGCAGGAUGGCGCGGAGCGUGUUUUAGCCUAUGGCAGCCGCAAGCUGGCCAUGGCUGAGCAAAACUAUUGUGCCACCAGAAGAGAGCUGUUGGCCAUUGUAGAGUUCACCUCUCAUUUCCGACAGUACCUGUUCGGACGACCAUUCAGAGUGCGUACCGACCACAGCAGCCUGCGCUGGCUGACGCGAAUGAAGGAGCCAGCUAGCACGGUGGUUGGAAAAGCUGGCGGAAUAUGA